CUCUGUUUAUUUUAGCGAGAUGCUUAAAGAAGAAAGUCGACUGAUAAAAUUUUUAAAAAGGGAAAUCCCCUUUGUGUUACAGAGUAUGCAAAGUGGAAUAGCAAUGAAUGGGGACAGAAAAGAAUACAGAACAGAACACUGCUAAUAUAAAGGGAUGGGUGCAGCGACAAGUUCCAAAGACGCGAGAAGAGCCCAUUUCACAUGCAUUUGGGCGAUAGAGAAUAGUUUGUCUUUGGCACAUGGGACAGUCUUGUUCAGUCCAGUAUUCGACGUGAAAUCGAUGGAGAGGACUAAAUGGAAAUUAAGGCCAGACGUUUUUAUUUCAAAUGUAUUCGUGUUACUAUAUAGGGACGAACAUGACGACGGACCUGAGAAAAUUGAAAUAGAUUAUGAGCUUUCAUUCCUUGGCACGGAUGGCUUACCUUUAAUAUCGAGAACAGGUACCCACAUAUUCUUGAAAGGUCGUCACAGUGGCUUGCAGAAUUUUGCAACAAAAGAUGAAAUUUUUUCUUCCAGAAGAACAGAGUUUUUACCAAGAGAUGUCCUUACAAUACGAUGCCGCAUGUGGAAAAAAGGAAUCGAAACGCCAAAACCUGAUGUAUGCUUUGCUCGUACCCGAUUGGGAUUGGAUCGGCAUUGUUUCGUCUGGGCUAUAAAGGAUUUUAGCUCUCUUCAUUCAGGACAUGAGAGAAGACGAGUGCUGGAAUCAACCUCAGAAGGAUCUCCUCAGCCGGUACUGAUUUUUUGUUUAAGACAAUGCGAUGGCAAAGAAUAUAUAUGUAUCGACAUUGAUAAAGGUGAUGUGACAAAAAUUCCAAGUGUAAUAGGAGAAAUAGCGCUUUUAGAUGCUGAAGGUACAGCUGUAUAUUCUGAGAAGGUAUGCAAAUAUAUACUUAAAGGUCAAAUGAAAUUGUUUAGGAAUUUUUAUGAGACACAAAUAUUAUUAUACGAUAAAAUUACGUUAUUACCUAAUGACGUACUCUUCCUGCGUUGUGAAAUAGAAAUUCUUUAUGACACCGUCUCGAGUCGGAUAGAAAAUUCCUCAGAAUGUGAAUCUGCAAUCAACACAGAUUUAGAAGACAGCCAUGUUGAAGAAUCGGACAAGUCUGCUACAGCCAGUUGUCCUUUCAAACAAAAUGUUCAUAAAUUUUUCGAAGAUGGGACAUUAAGUGACAUCAUUCUUCGUGCUGAUGCGAAAACAUAUCCGGCACACAAAAUCAUUCUAAGCAGUCGCUCCCCCGUUUUCAAGGCAAUGUUCACCAACGACAUGAAGGAAAAGGCCAGCAGAUGCAUCAACGUUCCUGAUGUGGACGCUGCCACCAUGCAACGGCUGCUGUUUUACAUCUACACAAAUGAAGUGGCUGAAGUUCCUUGGGAACAAACUGCAGAUCUGCUUAGAGCGGCUGAUAAGUACGGUUUGUUGGAACUGAAAAGACAAUGUUCGACUUUCUUAAAAUCAAACAUAUCUAGAACUAACGUUUGUGUUCUCCUUUCUCUAGCUGAUAUGCUUCAAGAUGAAGAACUUCACAAAGCAGUGCUGGAUUUCAUUGUAAAAAAUGCUGAUAUAUUUAAAUCUCAAACAUGGAAACUAUUUAAAAAAGAAAAGUCUGAAUUAGCCAUGGAAACCAUGGAAAGAAUAGUUUAUAAUGUUGCAAACUCUGAUCGAAGAACAUGAUAAAUAGCUAUUUAAUUGCUAGAAUCAUCAUUUUAAUACUAGUAUUGUGAAGGGAUCGAAAAUCUUUUGUGAAGAUCGGACAUGGAAUACAUUAUGAGGUAACUUUAUAAUAUAGUUAGCAGUUAAUGUAAUUAUGACAUUUAAUUUUUCGUUGUUAUUAUUAUUUCUCCUUCGCAAUAUCUCCGAUUGUAAUUCAAUAUUUAUUUAAUGCUGGAAGUUUAUAAAUUGGCUGUUGGGCCCUGAUUAGAGUGAAAAUCCUGUAUACAUUAUAUCAUGUUUGCUUUAAAUAAAACUGUUUUAUUGAAUUAAUAAUACGAUAGAUGAUUAACACAGAGAAAAUUUUUCUUGCAAAAUAGUAUAAUGAGUCAUUAGUGGUAAAUAUACCAUAGUUGAAGAAAUCCUAAAAUAUCUUAUAAAUUUAAUUUAUUCAUUUAACUUAGGUUAGGAUUUAACAAAGGAAAUGAUCACGAAUGAU